CAGAGCGUACCACAUCCGUCCAGAAGCCGCAGCAGCGAGCAGGUCAGGUCGGCAGAGAGCUCGACCUCUCGCUGACGGCGACGUUCGGGGCCGGCGGAGGACAGGAACAGGACGAUGGCCGAGGGAAAGAGAUGGCGGUUCGCGAUGGUCUGCUCCUCGAACAUGAACCGGAGCAUGGAGGCGCACUCGCAGCUGGGCCGCGCGGGGCUCGACGUCGAGUCCUACGGCACGGGCACCCACGUCAAGCUCCCCGGCCCCUCCCUCCACGAGCCCAACGUCUACGACUUCGGCACCCCCUACGGCGCCAUCUACGACGACCUCCGCCGCAAGGACCCCGAACUGUACAAGAGGAAUGGGUUGCUGCCUAUGCUGAAGAGGAACACCUCGGUGAAGCUGGCGCCUCAGCGGUGGCAGGACAAUGCCGGCGACGGGGUGUUUGAUAUGAUAAUGACCUUUGAGGAGAGGGUCUUUGACUUGGUUGUUGAAGAUAUGAAUAACCGCGAGCCGAGGUUGAUGAAGUGUGUGCUGAUAAUAAAUAUGGAUGUCAAAGAUAACCAUGAAGAAGCUGGUGUUGGGGCAAAGCUUGCUGUAGAGUUGUGCCAGAAGCUUGAAGCAAUUGAUGGUGACUGGGAGGACAUAAUUGAUGACUUGAUUACUGCAUUUGAGAAGCAGCACAAGCGGAGACUUGCAUACAGCAUUUCAUUCUACUAACAUGUAUAGUCCCGUGUGGACAGAGAUGUUGCAGUGGAUGGUUGGUAACUUGGCAUUGUAGUAAGCAACUGCAUAGGAGUGAAGCAUCAUGUUGUGGCAGUGUUGCUUGAAUUCUUCCACGCUUACAUUUGCCUGUGCUAGCUGUUUUUUUAUUGCAAGGUGAUGGCUAUAGAUAUCUUCCAAGCACUCGCUGUUUCUUUCCUAACUACCGCCUUUGUUGUCUGGCAUGUAUUCUUAAACGACAAUGUGGUUCAGAGUAUCUUCUGUCUUCCACCUCCCAAAAAAAACUAAAUAUCAUGCUUUAUGCAAUAUAGUAUCUUCUGCCCUCUU